AUGAAGCAACUCAAAGCGACCGAUGUACUGGCAUCAAAACAAGUAAUGCUGAUAGCAAGGUCCUUGAUGAAACUACUGGAAACAUUUGGGGAUGGCCAAAAGAGACGCUUCUUGGACUAUGUCAACAGCAGACUUGGCAUCUCCAAAUCAUCCUACUACUACUACAUGGAGUAUUAUGCCUUUAUGUCAAAGUAUCCGAAAUUCCAAACGCUGGCAGUGUCCUUUAGAGUGUUUAAAAGUAUGAUUCCAAAAAUCAAGGAAUGGUUUAUGUCACCAGAGUGUCAAGCUUUGGACUCUUCUAAUUUCUACUCUGAGCAUUAUUGGAUGAGUGUUGAUGAUGAAAUGGAUGACGACGAUAUGAAUGUUUUAAACGAACACAAUUCCACCGCGGGUUCGAUAGCAAUUGCUGGUGCUGCCGUCAAAUGGCUUCGUGACAAUUUAGGUAUAAUUUCAGAAGCAUCGCAAGUAAGCGAGUUUGCUGCCAAAGUGCCUGAUACCGCUGGAAUUUAUUUUAUCCCAGCAUUCUCCGGUCUGUUUGCUCCCUAUUGGCGUGACGAUGUUCGUGGAUGUAUUGUCGGUAUGACCCAAUACACCAACAAAUAUCAUAUCUGUCGUGCUGCACUUGAAGCUACUGCAUUUCAAACACGCGAGAUUUUGGAUGCCAUGAACUCUGAUAGUGGUCAGGCUAUUCAGCUCCUACGCGUAGAUGGUGGUCUGACUAAUUCAGAUAUAUGCAUGCAAAUUCAAGCUGACAUUGCUGGUGUUGGCGUCGACCGUCCAUUGAUGCGUGAAACCACUGCAUUAGGGGCUGCGUUGGCUGCUGGUCUUGCUGUUGGAGUGUGGAAAUCACUCGAUGACUUUUCUCAUGUUAAUCAGUCUGACAUUUUUAAGCCAGCCACUAGUUCUAGUGAUCGUGAGGAGCAACUGGCCGGAUGGAAAAAAGCAGUUCAGAAAUUGUUUUAA